AAAGUACGAUUGGAAUACAUUGAAAAAUAAAAUGGAAUAUGAAAUAAUUAAGAAACAUACUUAUGUAGGAGCAUUUUAUGCACAGCUAUUUGCAUUUGGAUGUAUUUUUAUGAUUCAAAUUACAUUGAUGUCUACUACAUCUAUAUACGUAGCAUUCAUACAGCAUGCAUGCGGACUGUUUGAAAUAGCUAGCUAUCGUAUUGAACAUGUUCUGGACAAUUAUAAAAGAGAAACUUUAAUUUCUGGAAAACGUUGCGUAACUUGCACCAGAAUAAUUAGUGCCGUCGACAUUCACAGACGAGCUAUCGAGUUUUUCGAAUUUAUGAAGGAUACUUUUGUAGUAAUGUAUUUUUUCUUACUUUUACUUGGCAUAGCAUCUUUAACUGUUAGUCUGUUUCGUGUGAGUAAGAUGUUGUGGAAUUGAUAAUUUCGAUCAAUGGAAUAAAUAAUGUA